CCCUAGAUACUGUCGGAGUCACUCCCUUAUCACCAGGCUAAACUUCAUUCCUGCCAUAUUGGAUUGUGGGAAGGGAAGAAAAACAGGUACACACUUACAUACAGUAGCUAUUUUAAGUGCCAGUAGGCAUCGAGUUUGAUGUCCUUCAAAUCAGGAAACAUUAGGCAAGAAAAUAGAAACACAGCAAGCUUGACCUGUACGUUCACCCUACAGAAUAUCCAAAUGAAAAAGCAUUGUAAAAUCUAAAUAGCUCUGCAGAUGUGAUGGAAACACUGCACAUCCUGGUCUGGCGUAUUUGUCUGAUCCUGGCCCUCUUGCCCCACCCGCACCAAUGCCUGUCAGUGCAUUUCCAAAACAAGGGUCUCCUUUAUGUGGCUCUGGGGAGAGACCUGGUCCUGCGGACCCAGUUCCAGAUUACUCCAACAGAGAAGAUCAUCAUGGUGAUUUGGGACCGCCAGACUGAGAAGGGUCAGGGACAGGUCAGGCUGGCCGAUCACCAAGACGCACCUGGCAAUCCUCUCGACCAGAAGGGGGCCUUAUUUAGGGUGGAGAAUAUAAGUUCAUCUAACUAUGGAGUCUACACCAUCACUGUGACUGACCAGAAGGGGAACGAGCAAUCAGCAAAUAUAGUUGUUCGAGAGAUGGUUGAUGCUCCUGUGGCGUCUUUGUCGCUCCAGUGUGAGGUGGCCAAUGACAGGGCACAGUGGGACAGCCCAGUGUUUUCCUGGUUGGUGGAUGGGGUAGAGCUGUCCAAUCAGACAGCCAAUAUCUCUGCAGAUGGCAAGAGACUCGACUUGUCCGGAAUGAAGGGCCACAACUACACCUGUGUUGUCAACAGCAGUCUGGGGACAAGUGUCACACACUACGUCACUGAUUCUCCAACACCAUCCCAAAGUAACCAAUCCUGUAAGACUCUAUGUGGUGUACUAUUGGGCAUCGUCAUAGUGCUUCCAAUCACAUGUGGAACUCUCUACUGGAAAUGCGUACAGCGGAGGACGAAUGGGAAUACAUGACCUUUAGGAGGUCCAUCGCGUUCCGUUAUCAGUCUCAUCUAUGACACUUUGUUACACACUACACAAGACUUUGGCACAUAGGGACAUAGUGAUAUGAGACGGUAUUAUUCUGUUGCAACAAGUCACAAUACCAGACCAAAUAUCAUUCCAAUCAAGAGCUGUGGCCCUAUUCGCCAUCAAUACAAUAUAUUGACAUGCCUAUUUAUCAAAUUAAGUUGGUCACAUACACAUAUUUAGCAGAUGUUAUUGCAGGUAUAGCGAAAUGCUUGUUAUUGGUGUAUUUGUGGUAUUUAUUGUUGCGAAGUCCACACAUAUAUUUUCACUAAUUAUGUCUUUGUAUCUUGUAAGUCGCUCUGGAUAAGAGCGUCUGCUAAAUGACUUAAAUGUUAAAUGUUUAAAAAAAAGUACUGUAUGCCAUCACAUUUACAUUGUGCACAUGUACAAAUAUGUUCAAAUGAACCUGAACCUACUUUUGUGAUGCCUAUGUAUGAUAUAAAGCAAAUGGGAUUUUUUUUUUA